UCUCAGUAUUAUUAUAUCAAUUUCAUUGAAAUUUGAGUACUCGUGUAAAUCUUUGACCUCUAGGACUGAGUAUAGAAUGUUUGUGAUUCUUUUUAUUCGUUGAUUAAACUUGUGAACAGGUUCAUUAAAAGUGAGUAGGAAACGGACUUUAAACAAAAAUGGAAGCCUUGAUUCCUGUUAUGAAUAAAUUACAUGAUGUUUUCAAUACUGUCGGUACCGAUUCCAUUCAGCUUCCACAAAUUGUGGUUGUUGGUACUCAGAGCUCUGGUAAAAGUUCUGUUCUAGAAAGUUUAGUUGGUCGUGAUUUUCUUCCUCGUGGCGCAGGAAUAGUUACUAGAAGACCAUUAGUUUUACAGCUGGUUUACACUCCCAAAGAAGAUACUUCUUACCGUUCAGCUGAAGAAGGAACUUUACAUCUUGAAGAAUGGGGCAAAUUUUUGCAUACUAAGAAUAAAAUUUUUUCUGAUUUUGAUGAAAUACGUAAAGAAAUCGAAGGUGAAACUGAACGAAUGAGUGGUUCAAAUAAAGGUAUUUGCCCUGAACCUAUAAAUUUGAAAAUAUAUUCUCCUCGAGUGGUAAAUUUAACCCUUGUUGAUUUGCCAGGUAUAACUAAAGUUCCUGUAGGAGAUCAGCCUGAAGAUAUUGAAAUUCAAAUACGACAACUAAUUCUACAGCAUAUAAGUAAUCCUAAUGCUAUUAUUUUAGCAGUAACUCCAGCCAAUACUGACUUUGCAACAUCUGAAUCUCUAAAGUUAGCCAGAGAAUGUGAUAUGGAUGGAAGGCGUACUCUAGCUGUUGUAACAAAAUUGGACCUCAUGGAUGCAGGAACUGACGCGGUGGAUGUAUUAUGUGGCCGUGUUAUUCCAGUAAAGCUUGGAAUUAUUGGAGUAGUGAAUCGAUCUCAACAAGAUAUUAUAAAUAAAAAAAGCAUAGAGGAUGCUAUCAAGGAUGAAGCAUUGUUUUUACAGAGAAAAUAUCCUGCGCUUGCUGCCAGGAAUGGAACAGCCUUUUUGGCUAAAACAUUAAACAGGCUUUUAAUGCAUCAUAUUAGGGAUUGUCUUCCUGAUUUAAAAACAAGAGUAAAUGUUAGGAUAUCCCAAUACCAGUCCUUAUUGCAUUCAUAUGGUGAAGCUGUGGAUGAUCAGGGGCAAACAUUAUUGCAAAUCAUUACCAAAUUUGCUUCAUCAUAUUGCUCUACAAUUGAAGGAACAGCACGCAACAUUGAGACUACUGAAUUAUGUGGAGGAGCUAGGAUUUGUUACAUUUUUCACGAGACAUUUGGCCGAACAUUAAAUGGCAUUGAUCCAUUAAGUGGACUCACUCCUUUUGAUAUAUUAACUGCCAUUCGAAAUGCAACUGGAACAAGGCCAGCUCUUUUUGUUCCUGAAGUAUCUUUUGAACUUCUUGUAAAACGACAAAUCAGCAGAUUGGAAGAUCCAAGCUUAAGAUGUGUAGAGUUAGUUCAUGAAGAAAUGCAACGCAUUAUUCAGCAUUGUGGAACAGAAGUACAGCAGGAAAUUAUUCGCUUUCCAAAGUUACAUGAAAAAAUUGUGGAUGUUGUGACACAGCUACUUAGAAGGCGUUUACCUGCUACCAAUGCAAUGGUAGAAAACUUAGUUGCUAUAGAAUUGGCAUAUAUUAAUACGAAACAUCCUGAUUUCCAUAACGAUGCUGCUUUAGUUGAUACUUUGGCAAAACAUUUUGAUGAAAAGAAUGUAAAUGCUAGUAGAAGGUCUGAAACUCCGAAUUAUCUUUCAAAAUAUGAUCAGUUAAAUACAGAUGGGGCAUCCGAAAAAGUUGAUAAUAAAUUUUAUGGAAUGAAAAAGAAUUCAAAAUAUUCCGAGUCAGGUUUACAUCCCAUGAACAAAUUAAGUGGAAGUGAUUCUAACUUAGUGCAAGGACCUGUAUGGAAGUGGGUAAGUUCUUCAGACACAAUUUCUAAAUCUGAAGGCAAAGAAAGUGCUGAUGUGAGUGGAAAACUUCCUGGAUAUAGUCCACAAACUAGUGUUACACUUAGUCCUGUCAAAGCUGUAAAUUUAUUGCCAGAAGUUCCUACCAGUGCUUCAAGGCAGUUAUCUGCUAAAGAGAAAAAGGACUGUGAAGUUAUUGAGCGAUUGAUUCAUUCAUACUUCAUGAUUGUGCGAAAAAAUAUUCAGGAUACGGUACCCAAAGCUAUCAUGCACUUUCUUGUGAAUUAUGUGCGUGAUAACCUUCAGAGUGAAUUGGUCACUCAUCUUUAUAAACAUGAUCAUUUUGCAUCGCUUCUGCAAGAAUCUGAGCACAUAGCAGUUAGGCGCAGAGAAGCUGCUGAAAUGUUGAAAGCACUUCAAAGAGCUAAUCAAAUAAUUAGUGAAAUAAGAGAAACUCAUAUGUGGUAACUAUGAAGUUAGUAUAUUUAGAAUUUGGUGUAUUCUGUAGUGUUUCACACAAAAGCUUUUGAAAAUUCAUUGUUUCCCUUUCAUAAUUUAUGCAGCAUGUUUGGCUAAAAAUAAAUUACAUGAAGUAAAGGUAUAGGUUUCUGUCAUAGUUUCUAAUUCAGGAAUUCUGAUGAAUACAGACUGAUAAAAAUAUAUUUUUAGUUAAUAUAUAUUUGAGAAGUUUGUAAAAGAUACUUCUCCUUUCAAAAUAUGCUUAAUUGAGAAAUACAUGUAUAAGGUACAUUAGCAAUUCUGUUAAAUAAUAGUAUAUUAUAAAUUCAACUUAUUAAAAUUUUGGUAUUAAUUUUUACAUAUUGUAAGUUAGUAAGUAAACAUUUUUUAUCGAAAAGCUAAAAAAAAAACAUUGAAUGUUUCUUAAAAUUUUGAUAUGACUUUUCUUACCAACAGUAAUAUUUUAUGCUAUAUAAAAUUACUCAGCAAUGUUGAUAUGUCUACUUAUUGAGAAACCUGAAAUAUAAUACUAUCAUUUUCUUAUUUCUAAUGUAUUAAUUUCAAAAAUUUAAUUCUGUGAUUGGGAUAUUUCUUAAAGGAAUAAAGAUUAUAUAACUGUC